AUGGCCAAAGGUAAAGAUGUUCGAGUAACAAUUAUUUUGGAAUGUACCAGUUGUGUUCGAAAUGAUAUUAAGAAAGAAUCGGCUGGAAUUUCCAGAUAUAUUACUCAAAAGAAUCGGCAUAACACUCCUAGUCGAUUGGAAUUGAGAAAAUUCUGUCCCUAUUGUUAUAAACAUACAAUUCAUGGGGAAAUUAAGAAAUAG